UCAGGUGAAAUCAAAUGUUUCUUUUCUUCUUCUCUGUUUAGGGGUUUCUGUCAUAACUGAAAAAUAAAAUUGAGCAGUGAUGAAGUUCAAGGAAUAGUUGUGUUUCGCUUUAAUUACUCACUCUUUGGAUCAGAACACACACACACUCUCUCUCUCAAAGAAGAAGAUUUCGUCUCUGUGCAAUCCACAUAUCGAAUUGAGGAAUGAAUUUCUUGCUCCGAUCUGCUUCAUCCGCUACUCACCGCCCCCCAGUGAGCGAACCACCACCACCACCACCUACGCCGCCUCAACCACCACCUACGAAGCUUGGAACGACUUUGGAAUCCGAAGAGCCUUUCCCACAAUAUCCAUCCCUAGAGGAUCAUUUAGAUAGAUCUGGGGACAGCCAUGGAAAUGAAGAGCCAAAUGCAAACACAGAGGGCUCUGGCAUGGAGAGGUUCUCAGAUGUAUCUGAGGAACAAGGAUGGAUCUCAAUUCCAUUUAAGGAGAUCCCUGACAACUGGUCUGAAUCACUUGAUAUUCACUCACUACGGGCCCUUGAUCGCUCCUUUGUCUUUCCUGGGGAACAGAUUCAAAUCCUAGCAUGCUUAUCCGACAGUAAAGCAGACGCUGAGAUCAUCACCCCUCCUUUUAAAGUCGCUGAGGUGAUGAGCAGAACCCUAGUACAGAGGAAACUCUCAGACAAACAAAACGGAGUUAUCUCUGAUGUGGAGCGUUACGAGAGUAUACCAUUAGCUGACGGAGACAAUGGUCACAGUCCUGGUAAAGAGAGUGUGGAUUCUCAAAAAGAUGUUUCUGAUGGCGAAUCGAUUUUGAGGAUGGAAGAUCAUAGGAGACGAACAGAAGACUUGCUUUCCAGGUUUCAGGAGUCUCAUUUCUUCGUCAGGAUUGCAGAGUCUGGUGAGCCGCUUUGGUCAAAGAAAAGCUCUCUGGUCGUCUCAGAUACGGAGGAGGAGGAAGAUGAAAAGAGACCUUGUGUUAGUGCUUUUGUUGAUAGAGGGGACUUUGAUCCUGAUGUUGUUGCGGGAGGUUUAGCUAGGAGUAAGGCUAAAUGCUGCGCCUUACCCAAUGGAGACAUAGUGGUCUCUUUACAAGUUUAUAUUGUUGACUCUCCCAAAGAACCAAUCAUCGAGAUACUGCAGUUUGAGAAGCAUCAGGACAGGGAUCAUGAACACAAGGAUCCGUAUGGGAAUCUUUUAAAGUGGUUGAUGCCUCUGGACAACAAUAUCUCUCAGCAAUCCCGUUCUUUACCACCUCCUAUAAGCUCUAGCCCAGGUCUCAGCAGCAGCACUGCACACAAGCCAGCGCUCUCUUCUGCCUCCUCAGGCUCUCAACUCUUCUCAUUCGGCCAUUUCAGAAGCUACUCCAUGUCCGCUCUGCCGCCAAACACUGCGCCAGUUACUGGACCCGUAAAAACGCAGAGCUCUAAACCAUCGUUUGACAUCGAAGACUGGGACAGUUACUCAGGUCAAACAUUGCGAAACGGGCAGAAGUUUGGGACUGAAGAGCUCUUGUCUUUCCGGGGUGUUCCCUUGGAGCGGGAUAGGUUCUCUGUUCGUUGUGGACUCGAAGGCAUCUGCAUUCCUGGUAGGAGGUGGAGGAGGAAACUCGAAAUCAUUCAACCUAUUGAGAUCUAUUCUUUUGCAGCUGACUGCAACACAGAUGAUCUUCUCUGCGUUCAGAUUAAGAAUGUUGCUCCUACACACACUCCAGAUAUUGUAAUAUACGUUGACGCUAUAACGAUUGUUUUUGAAGAAGCAGGGAAGAGUGCUUCUCCUUCUUCAGUACCAAUCGCAUGUAUUGAAGCUGGAAACGAGCACAGUUUGCCAAAUUUAACUCUCAGGAAAGGUGAGGAGCACUCAUUCAUAGUGAGACCUGCCUUUUCUGUUGGGAGUAAUGUGAAACCCUCUGCUGCAAGAAAGGAACUCAAGUCAUCGAGUUUGUCUCUUCCGUCUGUAAAUUUUGAAAGAAAAGGGAGCGGUUUAAGUGGGGAUCAGUAUGCGGUUAUGGUGUCAUGUCGAUGCAACUACACAGAAUCAAGGCUGUUUUUCGAACAGCGAACAAAGUGGAGACCACGAGUUUCAAGGGAUCUGACGAUCUCUGUUGCGUCUGAAAUGUCAGGAGAACCUCGUGGCCCUCAUGGGAGAGCCUCCCAGCUACCUGUUCAGAUUCUAACUCUUCAGGCAUCAAAUUUGACAAGUGAAGAUCUGUCAUUCACGGUUCUCGCUCCAGCAUCCUUCACAUCACCUCCGUCUGUGGUGUCCCUAAAUUCCACGCCUACAUCUCCUUUAAGCCCAUUCCUAGGGUUCUCUGAGUUCACAGAGAGGGUGCAAAGCGAGAAACGCAACACAGCAAGGCGUAAAGUGCAGUCGUUACCCCCAAUGCCACUGGAGACGAUAAGGACAGAGACAACAACAAAUGAUGAAAUGAAUCUUGCUUCUUCCAACCCUUCAGAUGUUGUUCCAAAGAGCGGCUUAGGGUGUACACAUCUCUGGCUACAAAGUCGAGUUCCCUUGGGAAGCGUUCCUUCGAAAUCUACAGCAACGAUCAAGCUAGAGCUACUCCCUUUGACUGACGGCAUAAUCACACUUGAUACUCUCCAAAUCCACGUCAAGGAGAAAGGGCGUAGGUACAUACCAGAGCAGUCACUGAAGAUAAACGCAACGUCAAGCAUUUCCUCUGGAAUGUUUUAGACAGUCUUUUACCCAAUACCACUUUUUGCCUUUCUUAGAACUAAAAAUGAUUUAUUCAAACACUGAGAAGUCACACAGUUCAGAUGUCCAUGUUCAUCUCAGUAGGUUCAUUCAAAAAGAUUGUGUGUGUCUAUAUUACAUCCAAAAGAUGUUGAAAAAAGAAAGUUAAAGAUGUAAAACCACUUCUGUCUCCUAUUUAUUUGAACAUGUGUGUGGUUUGCAUUC